AAGUGUCUCGACGGUGCCGCGUGUAUUGCCCUUACGUACCGAGCGUUGCGUGUUCCAUUAUUCUGAUUCUCGUCGCUCGAAAACCGACGGCUACCUGGAAAACAACGGGACGCGGCUCGCUGCGCAAUAUCACGACGAUUAUACCGCGUGCUGUACGGAAGACUGGUUCACCUUUCUCAGCCGAAGUCGCCGUUUGUGAUGCAACGGGCAAAGAAGUAUCCUUGAAACCGGCGGCGAGCACGAAACGUUGUUACGCCGCGGGAGAAAAUUAGAAGGUUGACGGUUGAAGUCUCGAGUCCCUCAAUUUCGGUGGCAUAAUCGUGAAAAGGUUUGCGGGCACUGAUUGAUCGUCGGACGACAGGAACGGAUGGAUGAUGAUCCAGGUUGAAGACCGACUUCGAAGAAUCGGGACACGCCAUUGGAAUAUAGAUGAACCGAGAUUUGUUCGCUCGUGACCUUUCGACCGACCAGCAUUCAUGAUGUUGGACCCAGUGCUGGGAAUAUCGUCGGUGUGGUGGUUCGUGAUGUACGCCAGUAUCCUGCUGCUGCUGUCGCCGUUGUUCCUGUUGUUUAUCAUCUUCCUGCCGAACUUUCCGCUCCUGCUGUUCAGAAGGAUGUGCUACAUUCCCAUCGAGUCCAUAUGACGAACGUCUCACCGAUCUGUGAUCUUGAUAGUCAUCUUUCUUCACACAACUACAGUAUUUUAAACGACACAGUCUGUACAAGUUUGAAAGUACUAAAACGAGAAUUGCAAAUACAUUAAUUACGUUGUUAGAAGUCAAAAUGUUCGGUCGCAUUUUGUACGAAAUUGGACCGUACAAGAGAAGACACUUGACUUUUGAAAUACCAAGUGUAUGAAGAAUGAUGAAGAUUCGAAAUCUCUGAGAUACACCGCGACGAUCAUCCGGUUUCGUUGGCACGAUUAGGUAUUUAAGUAAUUGCGAUCUGAAGACAAGAAGUACUCAUUGUGCGGCUUCGAUCUGGAAACUGUUAUCUUCGAGCUGUCGUAAUGUCGAUUACUCAGAGUUGCAGAAAUCUGCGUAUGAAAGCGUUAGUUUAUUCUUGGCUGUAGCAAUUAAGCGGCUCCAAAGAGAGUGAACGUGAAUGUCUGAAUACUUGUUGCUGGUCGUAAAUGAGUCUCUGAGUCAGUAGUGUCUCGAAGCUAGAGUUUACAAUAGGAACAGCAUAGACAUCUAGACCAGGAGCUUGUAAAGUCUUCAUGUAAAGAAAGCGGAAUCAAAAAUAUCUGUAAAGCUUAGAGCGUAAUAACAGCACCCAACCUUAGCAUUCCAGUAGCCAUUCACUCCGUUCCAUCUAGUAUUUAAAUUAGGCGCAUAAUUAGCGGGAAUGUUCGUAAUACUUAUAUGGUAACUUUUUUGUUGUACAUUCACGGUGUACCUCGGAUUUCUUAAGAAUAUCGUUUCACAGCUACCGAUUUGUGUAAUCAAGAAUUAUCCGGACGCUUUCCUUCGGAAUUCCAAGCGGCUCUCGAUGCUCGCGCGUUGCGAGACACUUUGAUAAGCUGCGUUCGCGUGAAAUUCCAUCGCGAUCGUUGCCAAGAUUCCGCCACGCUCGUCGCACGCGCGAAACGCUGAAUAAACGGAAUUAUAACGGGACGAGGGUUUCGUAAAACCGCGGUUCAGCCGAAAUGCCGGGAAAGUUACCGCGGGCCGAGCCGCCAUCUUGUCGGGCCACGGCGCGCGCGCGUUGCGCCAGAGGAGCUUCUCCGCGGACUCGUUUCUCGUUUUGUACGUAAACAUCUUAUCACAAUAAAACAGCCGCCCAAGAAAAGACGUGAACGGGGAUUAUAAGCACGAAUUGGCUCAUGCUCGUUGAUAUUGUAAUCAACGAUCUAUUCGCAGUCACGUAUAUACGCGUGUGCACGUACCAUCGGAAUGCGAGUUUAAUCCGAAUGGUUUUUCCAUCGAUUUCUUAUGAAGACGAUGCGUACUUUCUCAUAGAACUGUAACAAACUAACUUUACAUACAUUUUUUAUAUAUAUUAAUUGUUUUAUACUACUUUCCACGGCGUUAUUUCUCUUAUUUGUAGUUCUGUUUUCGUGAACAAUGGUAUUUCGCGCGAAUUAAACUCCAUACGUUGAUAACAGAUCACUGGAACGUUAAAAGAAUUCAUUCUUUCUUCGAAGCUACAUGUUUAAGUUGCGCUUUAAGUACUUCUCGUAUCUAUAAGGACGUAUUUAAGUGUUCCUCUUCGGUUUCUACGGCACCCUGUACACAGAUUCAAAUGGAAUAACAUUUCUUUUACCCCUUUUCGAAAGAUGGAUCGCGUUCAUUCGUUUCCAUUCGUGUUCGCCCGUUCGCAGCACAAUUUCAACGGAAAUUUGCACGCGAACGUUGGGUGCCUUUCCAUUAAGCGCGAACCCGGCCCGCAUUAUUCAACUGUAUCCAUUUUUCAUCGCACGCCGUAAAGCUUGGCUGCGUCAUUGAACGUUCACCAUUGAUCUUGCUGCUGAUUAUCCGAUUUUUCUUCGCGCGUAAGUGGUCCGUUCGACGGGCGGUUUUUUUCCCUUCUUUGUCAUUAUAGUUCCGGUAAAUGGCGCUUUCGGCUGGAAUACAUGAUUAGCAUGUGUCAAUUCGUUGUUGAACCGAGCUCUCGUGACACGGCGGUCGUGUUCCUGGUGACAUCGAUCGAUACCUGUUCGUUAUCUUUGGUUGAGCCGCCUAAUGGUCGAAAAGUCGAGGCUGUAUCGUUCGACUCGGGUGUUUUAAUUUAUGCAAGAUUUAUGGCUGGUCCGGCGAUCGAGGAAUACGUUGUUCCUUUCUUCCAGAGUGCCUUUUUGUCGCCAGAAGAACAUCCCAUAAGCAGAGAGGAAAGAUACAGUAUUUUUACCGAGUGUCCACGUAGGGUUAUCAUAUUUUAAGAGGAUCCAGGUCGUUCGCUGGAAAAAUAACUUCAUUCUUAAUGAAGCUGCGAUUUACAAGUUACAAGUUACUUACACAAGAGACAGGAGUACUCAGUAAAUCGAAACAUUGGACAAUUAAAAGUUCAGGAGCGUCGCAGUUAAUUCUAUACGUCUGGUAGUUUUAUAUUUCGAAGGAUUAUUACGUAUAUCCAUGAAACCAUUGUCAAUGGUAAAUCGGGACCAUGAAGCAUUAGCACUUUGGGCCUGCUGUCUAUCCCCAUCGUUUCAAUCUCACGAAGGUCUAGUUCUCUAGGAUUAUAUCUACAUCCACAGAAUUCUAAAAGUCAUGGAACAAUUUGUAACCGAUAGAUUCAAUCACGUAGACUUUUUCAGUCAACCAUUUUCUGCCUAAUCGCCACGUGGUACGAAUUAACGGUUCUCCAAACGGAUUGUCGAUUCCAGGAAAACUCGAAAUCUCAUCGUUAUCGUACCCAAUAAAUUUCUCAACUUCCCAUACAUUCACGCACUCGUAUAAUCACCGUUAACCGUUAACUGUUAAAAAACAACGACGGAAACCUCUCGAAAACAAUAAAUCGAAUUCUGUAGAAACUAUGAAUACUUACAGGUUUAAUUCCACUGAAACGAGCGUCGGCUGCAUCGCGAGCCGAUCGGAACGUUCGCGUAUUCCAAGAUCGCGAUUUCGACACCGCGAUUCCGCGUCCUCGCCGCUGUCAGCCAGUUGUUCCCGGUGCAUCUCGCGCGAUCCUGCGCACGGUAAAUACAGCUGUCCUUCUGCAGUUCACCGGUGGUACAGCCGGGCCGGGAGUUGAACAUUACAGUACCGAUCGGCGAGUACUUUCGCCAAGUGGCGUUCGUAGUGGGGGAGGCAGGACUUGAACCCUGGGACCCCAUGGGCCAUAUAUACUACGGUCCCAUGCAGCUCUCUUGCUACUUGGUGUCAGCUUCUCGACGGUCCUUGCUCUACUGGGAAGGUACAUCGGGAGAGGGAGGCCGGAUCGAAUAAAAGAUGAAGCUGUCGAUACUCCUCGCGGCGAUCGCCGUGGCAGCAGCUGAUCCAGGGCUGCUCAGGGUGCCGAAGGUGUACAACGCGGUGAUCACCAGCAACCAGAAUCUCUCUCCGUCGAGAGCGUUCCCGGUGAUACAGCCGGUGAUCCAUAGAACGGCGGUCGGCUACGUGCCGCCGAUUUAUUACACGCAAGUGGCGCCUCAGGUGUCCGGUCCCGAGUUGCUGCAGCUACCCCAAGGCGCGAAGGCGAGCAGCGAAGCUGACGUCCAAGCGGAACCGUCGGCAGCGAUAGAAGCUUCGAAGGCUUCCGACGCUAAAGCAGAGCAACCGCCGCAACCGCCCGGAGAAAAGAAAGAAGCGAGGCCUUCUUCGAGGAACAGACACGAAGAGCAGCCUCUGAGCUUCUACCCUAAUUACCAGUCGCUCUACUACGACCCCUAUUUCUACACUUACAACGGGAUCAACCCGCAAUUAGUCCCGGGCACUUAUUACGUGGAUUAUCAACCUUACGGCACCCUCGACCCGAUUCCGCCCUCGACGCCGAAACACGGCGACCCCGGACACCUGCUGCCGGGCUAUCACGAGGAGAAAAAGCACCCGGCGAAGGCGGAGAGGGUGAAAGUGCCGGACGUGCCGCCGCCACCCCUGCCGACAUCUGUGCCGAAGAAACCCUGAUGAGGGAGUCGCCUGGGGAAUUCUUGUAUCGUGUCAUUCUUAAGAUUCGACUGAUUUCAAUCUUGAUUUCGUGCGAGGACCUUUCGACCACGGGGAAAAUGAAGUUCGCGAUCGUUUAGAUCUAUGAGAAU